CAAAUUCUGUUUGCUCUGUCUUGCUAAGGAUUUUGUCUUGAUUUUUACUUGGCCCAUUACUUUGGGUUUUUUUGUUGUUGAUGAUGCAUUGUAGGCAUUCUAUAUAUAUUCUGGAUAUUAACCCCUUAUCAGAUAUGAUUUGCAACUAUUUCCCCUUCUGUAGUUUGCCUUUUCAGUCUGUUAAUUGUGUUCUUGGAUGCACAAGUUCUAAAUGUUGGCGUAACCCAAUGUAUCUUCCUUUUGUUGCCUGUGCUUUUGAAGAAAUUGCCAAGUCGAAUGACCUAAGCUUUAUGUCAUGUUUUCUUCUAAGAGUUUUUUAGGUUUAGUCUUUGAUCCACGUUGAGUUAAUUUUUGUGUAUGGUGUAAGGUUUGGCUCCAACUUCAUACUUUUGCGUGUGGGUAUCCGAUUUUCCCAACACCAUUUGUUGAAAAGACUGUCCUUUCCCCCGUGAAUGGCCUUGGCACCUUUGUUGAAAACCAUUUGGCUGUAUAUGUUAGGUUUUAUUUCUGGGCUCCCUAUUCCUUCAUUGCUUUUAUGGCUGAACACUAUUCCAUUGUGUGGCUAUACCAUUUUUAUUUAUAUUGUAUCUUGGUAUUUAAUCACUGGGCAUUGUAACAUCUGAGCCCUUGCCUAGGAUCCUCCCUUUGAUCAUCAGAACAUCAUGCCCUUUGAAAACAGUGUCUGUUUUGCUUGCUUACAAAGAAAGCUGGCAGUGUAUUCCGGGGAAAGGCCAGCUCGGUUGCUGAGCUUUCUCCCUCUGUUACAAACCUCUCAGCAAAACAGAAGUAAUUCAUUUUGCACUCCCCACUGCUGAUCGGCGCAGUAACACCCUCUGUACCUGGAGAAUGUGCCCACCCCAACCCAUGUGCCAAGUGUCCGUCUGGCACACAAGCUUCAUGUUUGUUUCUGGAGAGGAAGGAGAGCACCAGCUGACGUUUUUGAGCGCUUCCUGGGUGCUUUUGGCCACACGCAUUAUCUUAUCUCAUCUGGUAUAUUCCUCGCAGCAAGCCCUCCACUUGGGUACUGCUAUUCACUGGGGGGGGGGGGGGGGGGGACUGAGGCUCGGAGGAGGUCAGUACCUUGGCCAGGGCCACAACGCUGGUACGUGGAGGAGCCCAGGAGUCGGCAAAGCGCACAGCGCAGGGAUUCGCCGCUUCACUGAGGGUCAGAAGCCCCGGGCCCUGGCGACCACCGGCCUGGGAGCUUCUGGCAGCCAGGCCCCUGGGCGCACCUGUGCGCGGCCCCAACGACUGCUUCCUGUCUGGUCGCAGACUUCAGGAAAUAUCAGAGACCCAGAGCUGCCUCCAGCUGCAGUGCCAGUUCUGAGGCUGGAAAGCUUGAGUGUAGAGAGGAAAAAGUUGGUGCUUUUUUUACUCCCCCUCACCCCGUGACGUCGGAAAUUCCGCCCCCGUCUCCGUGGAAACCCGGCGUCCGUAGCCGCAGUCACCAGGGGCGGAGCUCCGAGCCGCGGCUCCGCCCCGAGUGCGCAGCGGCUCCCAGGUGGGGAGCAAUCACUGUCACCCCGUGUCCCCUCCGUUCCUCUCCUCGGCUGCCCGCCUUCCCGUCGGCGUUCGUUCCCCAAACCACAUCCUGGAGGCGCUCUGCUGCCUGGUCCUCAGCCCGGCGGGCGCACCGGGCGUCGGGGCCUGAGGGCCGCGCGCUGCCUCCCGAUCCCCGCGGCUCCCCCCCCCCCCCCCUCGGCGGCGCCGAUUGGCCGCUCCCGGGCCUUCCCCUGCGCGGGCUCCGCUGCCCAGCGGAAAGUUUUCUGUGUCCGGAGGAAGUUGGACCUUUGGAGGCUGCGGGGCCCUGCGCGGCCAUGGAGAUGGAGGAGCCCCCUUUGCGAGAGGAGGAAGAGGAGGAGGAGGAGGAGGAAGAGGAGGAGGAGGGCGAGGCUGGCCCCGAGGGGGCUCUGCGCAAGAGCCCCUUCCAGCUGACCGCCGAGGACGUGUAUGACAUCUCCUACGUGGUGGGCCGCGAGCUGAUGGCGCUGGGCAGCGACCCCCGGGUGACACAGCUGCAGUUCAAAAUCGUCCGCGUGCUGGAGAUGCUGGAGACGCUGGUGAGCGAGGGCAGCCUGGCGGCGGAGGAGCUGAGGAUGGAGCGGGACAGCCUCCGGAAGGAGGUGGAGGGGCUGCGGAGAGAGGGCGCGGCGGCCAGCCCCGAGGGAAGCCUGGCACCAGGCAAGAUGGUGGUUGACCUGACCGACCCCAACCGGCCGCGCUUCACCCUGCAGGAGCUGAGGGACGUGCUGCAGGAGCGCAACAAGCUCAAGGCGCAGCUGCUGCUGGCGCAGGAGGAGCUGCAGUGCUACAAGAGGCCUGUGCGGUCAGGUACCUGCUGGAAGUCCACGGCUGCUGGUGGCAACAGUGAGGCGUGUCCUCAGGCAGCCCGAGCACAGCCUGCACUUUCCAUGUCAGGCCACCUUUGGACCCUGCACGUCUGGAAGGCAGGGCGGAUCCUGAUUCCAGACAAAGCCCUGAGUGAUGUUAUUCUUUCCGUUCUUUCCUCGAGCAUCAUGAAGACAGCAGUGGCAAAGCAGAAACGUUCUAGGAGGCCAAAUCCGAAAGGGCUGAGUUUUGUCAACAGACGUUUCAUUGUCUGCCUUCUGCCGAGUGGCCUGAUUCCAGCAAGAGAAGGCCCGGAAGGGAGAAGAGGAAAGGACUCUAUGGUUGCCAGGGCCAGCAACGCCAGCAGAGACAAGGAGGAGAAGACCAUCAUAAGGAAGCUGUUCUCCUUCCGAUCUGGGAAGCAGACAUAGAUCCGAGGCGGCGGUUCUCAGAUUCUAGAAGACAACCCACCAGGAAGACUUCCCAUCUGCUCAGUGCCACGCGGACCCACUGCACUCGCUCGUGUUUCCCCUCAACGCCGUCCGAGGAGCGAGGAGGUGAGGUUCUCUCUCCAUCACGGUCUCCCCGGCUGCAGAACUGGACACCCCCGGAGGCUUGGCCAGGGCAGGGCAAGUGGCACCCAGAAAUCAAGAAAGCAGAAGGAAAAGGAAAAAAAAAGCAGAAGGAAAAGAAAAACCAACAGAAAAUAAAAAAACGAAAGCAGAAGGAAAGUGCACGGGGGCCACCACCUGCCCACGUCAGCCGUCGAGGGAUCUCGGCGCUCUGCCUCUCCGGCCCCACACUUGACCUUGCUCUUCACCACUUGACCUUGCUCUUCACUGUGUGGCAGCCCUAGCAGCCAGGCACCAGCCCAGAGGGAGAGGGGAGAAAGCCGGAAAGCGUGGUAUCGACCUUCCGGGGCCUUCACUGAUAUUUAGUGACUAUCUGACUUUGCUAACAGGACUUUCGUUACGAGGAGAUUUUUGUAUUAAAUGACUUCCCUUCUUUAAGUAUUUUAGAGUUGUCUCUCAGCUUGUGUGACCUUUCAGGUCUCGGUUUCCACAUCUGCAAACUACGUGUGCAUGGAGAGCUGGUGUAUCUUUGGUGCAUUGAGUCUAAGUGAUGUACCAUUAUUUUGUGUGUCAGUGUGAGAGAAAAAAUGUUACAAAUUAUAACAUGAAGACAUGGUUGACUUUAAGGCUCAUUGAUUUCAGAGAUGUUAAAUGUGAAGAAGAUGUACAUUUAGGAAUUGACGAAGUACAGUCUGUAGACAGUGGGUGCCUGCACUUUGCGAAGAAACUGACGAGCCGGGGAGCCUGUGUCCUUAGUAAAGGCCGCUGGUGCUCUGCUGCAGGGACCUUCAUUCUGUAACAAGUCGGGGACACGGGGGCUGGUACCCCCCCCCCCCAUUUACAGAACUGGAGACUGAGCCUCCGAAAGGCUGAAGUAGGCCACAGGUCAUGUAGCUAGGAGGCGGCCGCCCAGGAUGUAAAUGCCUAAGGCCUGGUUCUUAUCCAUGGAGCUGUGCAAGCUGUUCUCCAAAAGUCACUAACAUUCAUCAUGAACGCAAUUCAUGGCAGGCCUUGCCUGUGCCGUUUGAGUACCCCUGCGGGCUGGGUAGUUAUUCCCAUGGUACCCCUGGGUCCCAGCACUGCGGGGCUAAGGGAUUUGUCGAAGAUCCCAGCCCUAAAGUGGUGGAAAAGGGGCUUGAGCCCAGGUGCAGACUUCCCAGCCCAGGCCUCAACCCCUUGGCUUCCUGAGAAAAGUCAGCAACGUUUACGAGUCUGGUGGAGAAUGCCAUCUCAGCACUCUCAGGUCAGGGCCCCAACUCCGUAUGACACCGCCACCCUGACGGGGUGCUCCCCUCUUAGUGGUGGGGGGAUCCCUGCACCUUCGGGUGAGGGCCAACUUGGGAAACAGAUCUGAGUCCCGACUUCAGGACCACCUGGGCCAGACCAAGGGACAGCGAGAGCAGAGGAGAGGGGGGAGGGGCGGCUCCUGGGACCGAGUGUGGAGUCCAGCCGAGACCCAUCCUCCACAAGCCUGACAUCCCCAAGCCCCACUGCACAGCUGACCUCCAAGCCGAGGCUGUAACAACCCAUGGCGUGGACCCCCAGGACACCCCGCAGAGCAGGCAGGCAGAGGCGGUUCCCACUCAGACAAGCUCCCGAGAGAGUGCAGGGUCUGUCCAAGGGGACCGGCGGACCACCUCGCCAAGGCGGUGCUGGAAGCCGAGUUCUGCUUGUAAACCAAGGACACUACCCAAAGGAUAGUCCCACUCCGCUACUCGAACCAACAACCCGUCGAGGGCUGGCAGGAGGGACUUGCAGCACGAGGCAGGCGCGGCUGGUCCCUGAUCAAACCCAGGAUCUCAGAAACGAGUGACAAUCACAGGCUCAAGUUUGUGCUCACGGCGUGCCAGGCGCGGUCACUGUAAGGGCCCAAGAUGCACAAACUUAUCUUCAGGCUCCGGGACCCCUUCUACAAAUGAAGCAACUGUCCCGCAGGGGGACCGGCACUGCAACUGACGGCUGAGGGGGGUGUGAUCCUCCUACAAGACCCCGAAAACCCACCCCUCCGCUCCCACCUCCACGCGUAACAAACAGACACACAGGUGGCCUCGCCUGGCAAUAAAUAUUUUAAUUUUUGUUUCAUUUUUAUGAUGACAAAUAAUUUUCAAGUUUAUUUCCUUUUGUUUUUUAAAUACAAAGCUAAACCACAAACAGGUACAACCGAGACAUUUUACUUCACAUUGACACGCUCCGUCGGAUCCUCCUCCAAUUGGCUGACCACUGACCAGGCAAGUGUGGGGCGGGGGGGAAGACUUUCCUAGGUAGCACCGUCGUGAGGCUGGGGUGCGCGGGGUGGGGGCUGGGGGGCACCAAGGUUGAGGACAGGCUCUCACACCUGUCUCCAUUCACAUUUACCUGGGGCCAGGGGGCCCGGAGACCCCAGGUGGUGGUUCCGGAGCCAGGCCCCCUGGACCGCAGGUGGAGAGAGUGAGAAUCAGUGCCCCUUCGGGAGGGAGGGGGCAGCUACCUACACCUCCUGCCGUCACAAUCAUCACAGUCGUGGUGAAAACUGUACCCUUAGCCUCGAUCCCUGGGUGCUGCACCUGCUCCCUCCCCUUGGGGUGGGGCCUGCACUCCAGGGCUCGCGGGCUCACCCUUGGUUCACGGCUGCGCGGUCUGCGUGUCGCAGGAAGAACACCAGGGGGUCUGACAAACAGCAUGACAGCAGGUCUGGACCUUUCAACCCAGCAGAACCGGGUCAGGGUGGGGGUGAGGGUGGCUAUUUGGUGGGGGGAGGAUUGGAUAAGUAAUUUCUGGUCCCGCUACAAAACUUUAUUUUUUAUUAGAAUAGAGUACCAUCUCAAAUCUCUUCUAUAAAAAAACAAACAAAAAAACCAAACCCAAAGUAAAAGGAAAAAAAAAAAGAAAAAAA